ACGGGGUUGUUAUUUGCAUACGUAGAAUAUUCUAAUGUAAUCGUUUUUGCUAUUGGUCUGAAUUGAUAUGCAAUUAGUCAGUACAAAGAUGUUUGAGAAAUGUUUAAUGCUGCUAUUAUGCUCACUUACUACCUUUAUAACUACCUCAACAAGUGAUGGAAUUAAAAUAGAAAGCGGCAUUUUGAUCUUAGAUAAGGACAAUUUCGAAAGGGCAAUAACAGGAAAUGAAUACAUUUUUGUUAUGUUCUAUGCGCCAUGGUGUAAGGAUAGCCAAGAACUCGAACCGGAAUUUACUAAAGCAGCCAAAGAGACAUCUAACCUAAAGAUACCCGUUAAGUUGGCAAAAAUUAACGCGUCCGAUGAAAUUGAACUACGAGCAAAGUACCAUAUUUUAGGUUUUCCGGUGUUGCAACUGUUCAGGCGGGGCACCCCGUUGAAGUAUCACGGUAACCGAAACUCAAAGAAAAUUGCAUCAUGGCUGAAAGACCAAGUGAGGCCUUCAGCCCGAGAACUUCGCACCAUUCAGGAAGCUACCAAAACCGUGAUAGGUGAAGAUAUGGUUAUCAUAGGCUUCUUUGAGGGACCUUCUGAGCAGUUGAAGAAAUUUUUAAAAAUUGCAGACAGUUUCGAACGUCCCCCAUUUACAUUCUCCUUUGAUCGAGAAUCUCGUUCGAAAUUUGGUAAUGCAUCCCAUCCAAUUGUGUUGUUUAAAAACUUUGAUUACAACAAGGCGGUGUUUGAUGAAGAAUUAACCUUAGAAAACGUUCAGACGUUCGUUAAAAUUGAAUCUUCAUUGCUAAUCACGGAGUUAAACGAAAAGAACGCGGACACCAUUUUUCAAGGACAGGUACAAACAUUCGUGCUUCUUUUCGCGUCGAAAAAAGCCCCAACCACUGACAGCGUGGUCGAGCUGCUGAAACCUUUCGCUCGAGAAUACAGAAAAAGUAUGACAUUUCUUUUAAUCAACACGGAUGAUAAAAGCAACAUGGAUACUUUGGAGUUUUUUAAAUUGCGACUUCAGGACACGCCAACGGUUGUCAUCGCAAGUCACAAAAAUAAUGCGGAGAAGUACAAAAUGGACGCACCUCUUACAGGAGAUAAUCUCCAAAGAUUUUUUCAAGACUUUAACUCGAAACGUCUGCCAAGGUUUUUACUAAGCGAGGAACUUAAGGAUGACUGGAACAAGUCAGACGUCUACACUUUAGUGGGUUCUAAUUUUGCGAGGGUCGCCCACGAUCCGUCUGUCGACGUUCUUGUCCUCUUCUACGGGGAUGAGUGCGAAAAAUGUGGUGUUUGGACCGACGUUUUUUACCGGCUCGGAGAAUAUUACCGCGAUCAACCUGGUAUUAUUGUAGGAAAAAUCAACGUAGAUUUAAACGAGUUUGAUAAGAAACCGUUUCGUAAGGAACCGGAGGUUUUACUUUACAAGAAGGGCGACAAUCGUGUUGUUCCUUACAAGGGCAAGCCUAAUUUUGACAAAAUAAUUCAGUUUGUAAACUCAAGCAGAGAGGAAAGUAAGGCGGUUAAAGAGGAGCUUUAACUUGUAGUACACUUUUCAUGAUGCAUUUGAUGAAUACAAUAUAUUUUUUUUAAGUGUC